CUUACCCACACGACUUGACCCAACUGCGACUAAUUUAUCUUACCCAUCCCCUAUGGGACUUCUUCAUCAUCGCGCUCUUGGCCACCGUCCUCCAACUCCCUUUUCUUUCUGAAUUUCCAUGAAAUAGCAUAUUGGAUUGCGAUUGUUCAUUUCUCAUUCUAGUCCUCUAAUCCAUCCUCCAAAGGAAACAUCUCCCGGCCGCCCGCGAUGCUGCUUCGUUGUUGUUUGUGGCGAUCGGCCUGGCCGCUUCGGAAGAAGUUGUAGCAACAGCAGCAUGAAGGAUUGGGUUAGACGCCAUAAUGACGCGGUUGAGAGUGAGCUGCAUACGCCUCAUCUUGUUAGUGGAGUUCAGAGCUUGAGGCUCAAGUUCUGCUUUGACGCAUUCAGGGUGCGAGGUCGUCCUGAUUUUAGUGAAUCAGAGUCGAUUGGCUCUCCGGAACCAACAAAAAUCAAUUUGAACUCCUUAUUUUCCUCAAAGAGCUCUGCCAAUCUGUGCUCCCCAUUGGGCACCUUCUCAUUCGCACUUGCCUGGGUUGCAGUAUCAAAGGAUUGCCUUGUCAAUGCAUCGGCGGUAGUAGCGGGCUCAAUCGCAAAGUCUUCUUUUGUAGCAAUGGUGACGGAUGGAGGAGCUACGACUUCCGUAAUAGAAGUUGUGGCCAAAGCAUACAACUGUCGGUCCAUUGAAGUUGCGAACAUUGGCGCUGUGGCCAAUACUUGUGAUUUGACGUUGGUGGCUAGGGAUUUGGCCGCUGAGUCGUGAUAUCGGCUUCAGUUCUCCCUACAAUCACAUGCAACCUCCUCCGCGCAUCUCUAUACCAGAUGCUCAUGGUCGAUAACUCCCAACCAAUAGCUUUGAGACCCAAUUGUAGAUGCCACGGAGUGCCAAGGACCACAUCGAACCCAGGAAUCGGCAGCUCCAACAAAUCAACCUCCAACCACGCUCCUUGUGCUUCGACUGGAAUGGCCUUAUAGCACCAAGUAUAGAUGAAAGAUUCUCCUUUAGUCGCCUUGAUUCGAAUUGUGGAAAUUGGAGUAGCUCGUAAUGACAACCUUCUCGCAACGUCACGACUGAUAAAGAUUUGAGAGGCAU